CAAAAACCCCAAGGAGUGGCACUCACUGAAGGAUAGCUAGUUUUAUCUAUUAUUAUUCUGCCAUCCAAAGAGAUACAAAACAACUGUCUAAGGCAUUUCUCUUCUCUGAACCUGAAAGCAAGGAUGUCACCCUGGAGUUAUGCAUUCUGGUAAUGUGUACGCCAAGUCCCCAGACUUAGUGAAAGCACCUUAGUCAGUGCUCAGGAGGAGUAACAACUAGCAUGGAUCUUGAUGGCUCUGAACAAGAUCCUGAAAUGAAGGAAUAUUCUUCUGUCUGUGUUGGCAGAGAAGUUGACAUGAAAAAAUCUGAAAGAAUGACAGCUGUUGUCCAUGAUAGAGAAGUGGUCAUUUUCUACCACAAAGGAGAAUAUCAUGCUAUGGAUAUUCGCUGUUACCACUCAGGAGGACCUUUACAUUUGGGAGAAAUAGAGGAUUUUGAUGGACGACCGUGUAUAGUUUGCCCCUGGCAUAAAUACAAAAUUACUUUGGCAACAGGAGAAGGUCUGUAUCAGUCUAUAGACCCUAAAGAUCCAUCAGCAAAACCCAAGUGGUGCUCCAAAGGAAUAAAGCAAAGGAUUCAUAAAGUGACAGUGGACAAUGGGAAUAUUUAUGUGACUCUUUCUACUGAAUCUUUUAAGUGUGACUCUGAUUUUUAUGCCACUGGAGACUUCAAAGUAAUUAAGUUUUCUUCCUGAUAAAAUUACAUGGCAAUGAAAAAUG